CUUCAUUCCUAAUCUCUGCGACAGUCGGAAUACCUAGGCGACGCGAUCAUACCCGGCCAUCACCAGCCCAUCAUCAUUAAACCGAGCUGCGAGUAGCGCAUAUAGGCACAAUGGUGGCGUCGACAUUGACGGGCAGCUCCCUCUACGAGAGGCGCGUUGUUGAGCGCGUCCACCGCUACCAAUGGCCCGGUAUUCAGCUUAACCUCUGGAUCCUCAUCAUGCUUGUGGCCGCCUGCCUCAUCAUCGGUGUUUUUGCAUCCUUUAUCGAGACGCAGCAGCAACUGCUUCUGCCUAUACCCUGGUACUUUCCCUACUACAUUACUGUGGCAUGCCUUGUCAUCCUCUUCAUCGGCCUCCUCCUCUGGCUGGUCUUCCAGCGUCGUCUUCUCCCGGCCAUUGUCAUGAUCGGAGCCUUCAUCCUCUUCAUACUAUGGUUCGUCGGCCUUGUUGUCGUGAGCAUUCAGCUCUGGGGUCCCGACGGGUCCGUCUCGAGCACGUGUAACCUCGCCGUGUUUAACCGGAGCCCGACGGGGCAGAGUCUGGAUACCCUCGCUUGGCUGGAACAGAGGAGUAUAUGCCAGGCAUGGCAGGCGGUGUUUUCGUUUGCGCUUGUUGGCGCCAUUUUCCUGCUUUGGAUUAUGGUCAUGGCCUACCAAGUGUUUGCCAGCUCGUGAUGGAGUUGGGCUGAGGAACGAUUGUCCCGGAAUCCUCAUUCUCGCAUGACAAAGGUUGCUGCGUAGUGUCGAUGAUGGAGACUCAUGGCGUAACGUACAUACUUUGACUGUGUUCUAUUGCGUGAGGAAUAUCGUCGACGUCCUCGGCACCGGUUUCCUGCAAUGAUAUCUUCCGUCAUAGUCCGACACAAAUCGACAUACUUACGGAGACAUCAACGGUGUCUAGCUUUGACAGGCCUAUCGGC